AUGGACUGUGACUCGGUCUCGGGAGAGGGGCCGAAGCGCCUGUCAGACCGCCGGCGGCUUCUGCUCUUCCUCGCUGGCCGCUGUGGAAGCCGGGGCGGCCGGGGCGUCCUGGCGCGCCUGUCCGCACUCCCGGAAGGUCUAGAGGCUCUGGUCCCCCACGCGCCGGCGGCCCGCGUGGCCUCGCGUGCUUCCGCACUGUACCUCCUGGUGCUGCUGCCCUCCCCGCGCCUGGCUGCCGCUGCCCUGCGCCGACCGCCGGGAGACUGGGAGCGCUCGCGCCUGGGGCCUUCGGCUGCCCCCGCCGGGCGCUGCUCGGCUUGGAGGUGCCAGCCCGGACUCGCCCCGGGCGGCGCCUGUGCAGCCAGCCCUCUCUACCUGUGCCAUGGCCGGGUGCCCGCCCUCACUUCCUCAAGGAGAGAACUAAGCCUCUCUGCUGGGUGCCUGCAGCUGGAGCACAAACACCGAGAUUUUACCUCCUCUGGGAAUAGGAAGCUCUACUUUGACACCCACGCCUUAGUGUGCUUACUCGAAGAAAAUGGGUUUACUACUCAACAAGCAGAAAUCAUUGUAUCCUCAUUGGUCAAGAUCACAGAGACCAACAUGGAUAUUGUUUAUAAAAACAUGGUCACCAAGAUGCAACAGGAGAUCACUCUUCAGCAAAUAAUGUCUCAGAUUUCUAAUGUGAAAAAAGAUAUGAUUAUUUUGGAGAAGAGUGAAUUUUCAGCCCUCAGAGCAGAAAAUGAGAAAGUAAAACUUGAACUACAUCAGUUAAAACAACAAAUAAUGGAUGAAGUGCUCAAAGUCCGAACAGAUACCAAAUUAGACUUCAAUCUAGAAAAGAGCAGAGUAAAAGAACUGUAUUCAUUAAACGAAAGGAAGCUGCUGGAAAUGAGGACAGAAAUGGUGGCAUUGCACGCCCAGCAAGACCGAGCUGUCACCCAGACAGACAGGAAGAUAGACACCGAGGUUGCUGGCCUCAAAACCAUGCUCGAGUCGCACAAGCUUGACAAUAUUAAAUAUUUAGCAGGGUCUGUAUUUACAUGUCUUACAGUAGCUCUGGGAUUUUAUCGCCUGUGGAUAUAAUGAAGUGUCUAUUUAAAG